AUGAAUGAUUCUAGGCAGCAGUCAUUGUUCUUCCUCACGCUUCCAGAUUUACGCAAACUCUGUGCUAUCAGGAUAAUACUGAGUAAUGGGGUGGCAGAUACUGAGGUUAGGAGUACACAAAUGAAGAUGUGCAGGCAAUUGCUAUUUUUGUAUCAAGAUAUUCUUACAUCACCUGUGCCUGGAACAUUAAACCAAAUUUGGGUGAUUAUGGCGAUACCAUUUUAUAAAGCUGGAAAACUUAAUGCCUAUAUUGAAAAAUAUGGAGCUAAGAUGGAGGCUCCACAAAGAAUAAUUCCUAUAAUUCUUCAAAACUGCCUUUCCUAUUCAUUCAUGGCAAAACUUGCUCCAGACUGGCAUAGAGCUGGCCAUCUCUUGGUACAAGGAAGAGAUUUUCUUUCUCAUAUGGGAAAACAAAAUGCUGUUGUCUUAGACAUCAAUGUAACAGAAACUCAGGUUUGUUUAAGUAUAGAAGCUUGUACAAUCAGACUGCCACCACCUGAGCUCAAAGAGUUUGAUAUUUUUCAAAAUAUUAUAAAGGAUUUUUAUACCAAGAAGAAUGCUGUCAUUGAGAAACAUUCCAUUUUAAACAACUGGUGCUAUGUUUUGCCAAGUAUGAAAAUGGGACAGAUAAUAAGCAUUCUUAAUGCCAUACCCCCUGAUUGUCCUUUUCAUUCAUAUGAAGAUUUCCAGAUGCAUUGGGAUGACCUGUAUGGCUAUAAACUUCCACAAGAUUAUGGGAAUGUUAAAAUAUACUGCAGCAUCUACUUCAGAAUGAUUGGAGAAAGAACCUUCACUUACCCUCUCAGUUGCAUCAGAAGUCAACCCAUACAGUUCUUUCCAAGAGUAAACUUGGAAAACGUAUUGAAAAGUUUUCUUGCAGACUUAAAGUCUAAACUGCCUCAUAUAUGUGGAUUUCCCAUAAAGAUGACAAAUAAACCAUGCUACCACACUCAAGAACUAAUUAAACCUCAAAUACAGGAAAACAAAGUCAAGCCACCCAAUUUGACAACUAAAAAAACAUUCAGGGCUCCUCUGACGGAAACCACUUGCAUAAAACCUGCCUUAUCUCAAAGUGCUGUUCACUGCUCUGUGGCAGCAGACCAUAAGGUGGCGCUCUCACUCAGCCAGCCAAAGUCAGACAGUGCCUCAGCUCUACACCUUAGCCCAGACUCUGCUCAGGAUGGGAGGCAAUCUCUGUCUUGCAAGGUACGGCAGGAACAUUUGGAAAUAUUAAAGCCCUACGGAGGAAAUUCUCAAGUUCAACAUGUAAAUCUGAGCUCCCAAUGUAAUGGCACCCCUAAAUACAUGCCAAUUUUUAAAAACAGGAUGUUACAGAUGAACAAAAAUAGCUUGGCACUUGGCAACUCGAAAAGAAAACAACAUAUUGUUACAGAAUCUAAAUUGUUUUCACUCAAGACUGGUAUGAUCCAGGAUGACACACUGAAUUCAAAUCCAGCUAUUAAAAAAAGAUCGAACAUUCAAAUGCAGGCUAGAAAUUUAAAUCAGAAGAGUUCCAGACCUCUGCAAGAAAAAAAUACCGAGUCCUAUGAAAAUAUAACAAAAUAUCCCUCUUCUAAUGUAAAAUCAACUGUCAGGUUAAAUGAAAGUAAGCAACUACCUAUUAGUUCAAUAUCUCAGAUGUCAAGUAACAAUUUAGCUGUGAUACAAGGUACUGCUGACUUCCAAGUGAGUGGAAAAGAAAAUUUAAAAAGCAAAUGUAUAAAACAAAUUUUAGGGAAAGGCCAUGAAUCACUAAAAUUGAAAAGACAACCACACAUUUUUGAAUCAGAUGCAGAAAUGGAAGAUCCUCAACCAUUAGAACAACAAUCAGCAAAUCAAACUGAAGAAGUCCAUGUAAGUGACCACAAGUUGAUAGUAAAUGGAAUCACCCACAGGACUAAAAGAAAACUACACCCAGAGUCUUCAAAAACUUCAAAAAAGCAUCAUUCCACUACUCUCCAUUAUGGGCAAUCCAGUUCUAGGAACCAGAUAUAUGAUUUGGAUAAAUCAAAACAUGAGAAAUCUCUCAUCAUUCCUAAAGUUUAGAACACAGACAGGAAAGAAAGAAAUGUCCACCAGAGAUGACUGUUCUGAAUAUUGGAUGAACCCUCAUCCCAGGUGCCUCUUAUACUCAUCCCGAGAACAUGAAUCCAGCUCUACCUGCUGCUGUGGGAUCUCCUUUUUGACUUGACUGUUUUUUCUUUUAUCGUUUGCAUAGCGUCUUAUUAUAUAUGGGUGCAUAUAUUUAAC